GCUCAGAACGCGCAUUUGCAACUCUAAAGUCUUUACUAAACAUAACGCGUCUCAUAACACCCCCUGGUCUUCUCUCCUGAUAUCAAAUCUAUUUCUUUUGAAUCGCAGCCAUGUCAGACAAGCGGAGAGCAGAGAUCGAAGCUAAACGUGCCAAGCUCGCAGAACUUCGGAAAGCCAGAGCAGACCGGCAACGGGCAGAAACUGAAAGACGGCAGUCAGAGGCCGGUCCUUCCAGCGGCGCUCGACGCGACGUCGACGAACUUGUCAACCAACUCGUCGGGAGUCGCAGUGGCCUAGACACCGGCGGGGAUGUCACACCUUCAUCAUCCCUCCCAAACACCCCGCCUCGACCAACCGCGAACCUGCUUUACGGGUCAACGCUUUCACCGUCUGGCAGGGUGAGUAGGCAGAGCGAUGUCGGUAGCGAUAGAGUUAGCAUGGGCACGACAAUGGUGGGGAUGAUGGAGCAUGUUGAGAGGGUGUUGACACCACGGUUCAUACCAGACCUUAUAGAUGUGGAGCAAGAACUAUUUGAGCUACCACAACGCGAACGCGUUAUCUACAAUAAAGAAGUCCAAACGACCGCUGUUGAGACAGAGACGCCCCAUGUAUCUGAAGAGGAUAUUCGACAACAGAUAUUGCGCGAGCGUGAGUUGGAGGCAGAGCGUCUUGCGCAGGAUAUGGAGCUUGAGGAGGAGAGUGUACAACUCGAGAAGGAGAUUGAGCAGGAGAUUCGCGAGCUUACUGAAGAGGAACGUUCGCAUAUACUCAGUGCACCUGAAUUCCUUGACUUUGUGGAGCAAUCAUCAAAGAUAGUACAGCGGGCGUUAAACGAUGGUUAUGACUACAUUCGUGAUUAUACUAUAGGCACGGAGGCAAACGGGGAUGACUCGGAGGGGAAGCGCGUCAAGCGGAUUUGUGCUUUCUAUGAUGAACGCUAUGGGAAGAAUCGGUCGAUUACAGAUGUCGAUUGGUCGCCAAAGUACCCGGAGUUGAGCGUAGCAUCGUACAACAAGAAUCCCGCCGCGUUGAAUGAACCCGAUGGGAUUGUUGCAGUAUGGAACCUCCACCUACUCGACAGGCCCGAGUUCGUCUUCCACUCUCAGUCCGAUGUCCUCUCCGUCACGUUCUCCCCAUUCCACUCAAACUUGGUGUUUGGUGGCACAUACUCGGGGCAGAUCCUACUGUGGGACACACGAUCGAAACACUUACCUGUGCUCAAGACGCCCCUCUCAGCUGCUGGCCAUACACACCCUGUGUACGCGAUGCAAAUGGUCGGCACCCAGAACGCGCACAACUUGAUCACCAGCAGUACAGAUGGCACCGUGUGCAGUUGGCUUGUUGACAUGCUCGCCCAACCGCAAGAAACCCUAGAGCUUAUUCAUGCAGGCCACAACAAAACGGGCGAGGUGGCCAUCACAACACUGGAUUUUCCCGACAAUGAAACUACCACGUUUUGGGUCGGUACCGAAGAAGGCAACGUAUAUCAGGCCAAUCGAUACGACCGUGCGGGUGCGAAGGCCGGAUUAAAUCAGUAUGAUAUCUACAAGGGACACGCGGGGCCUGUCAUGGGGCUGCACUUCCAUCCUCUUGUGGGACCAGUCGACUUCUCAGAUCUGUUUUUGACUGCGAGUGUAGAUUGGACGGUCAAGCUUUGGCGCGCAAAGUCACUCGCAAAACCGUCGACUGCUGCGCAUACUAUUUCUCCUAUCUACUCAUUCGACGAGGCAGAUGACUAUGUAUACGAUGUGAAGUGGCAUCCAGCACAUCCUGCUGUAUUCGGAACGGCAGAUGGUUCCGGGAGAUUCGAUCUUUGGAAUCUGAAUACGGACACGGAAGUACCAGUCGUCUCUACGAACGUCGGCUCCGGGAGAGCUAUCAACAAGUUACAAUGGGAUAGAAAGGACGGACGGCGCGCCGCACUUGGAGGGAGCGACGGAAAGCUGUAUAUCUACGACAUUGGUGACAUGGCGCUUCCACGUGAAUCUGAGUGGACGGACCUCCAAAAGACGAUUGCGGGCUUUAUUGGGGGUGCGCAAGCCAACGGAGUAUCAGACGGAGACGCGACGCGGAUUGUUGCUGGGCGAUGAUCGUUGCCCAAUUCUCCGUGGUUGUUCCGUGGCAUGUCAUGGGAUUUAUAGCGACUUCCUCGAGUGCCGUAAGUGGGAUGUUCUGUUUUGCUCAGAUUAAUCUUCUGUAUGCUACUACCAUUUUUCCCAUGAUACUUUAGUCUUCAUGGGGGUUGAUUUGAAUGCUAGGAUGGCUUUUGAGGUUGUGACCUGAUACGGGCGAUAAGCACGCUUGGCGUGGUACGAUGUCCCACUGAUUGAUCUGCAGUACAAGGACGGAAUUAGAGUGGGUUACACGGAAUGUGGUGACACAGUGGCGACAGAAAUAUGGGGAACAAAUAUUACAUACGGGAUUUUUAUCUGGGAAU